AUGGUUAAGGCUAUACGUCAGAGGGCAGAAGAGUUGAAAUUACCGUCCAGAGUCGAUGUCCUUGUGUCUGAGUGGAUGGGAACCUGUUUGGUGUUUGAAUUCAUGUUGGAAUCUGUUCUUCUAGCUCGUGACCUGUGGCUAGAAGAGGGUGGAAUAAUGUGGCCAAGUACUGCAUCAGUUCACAUGGUUCCGUGCAGUGAAGAGAAGGAAUAUGCCACCAAAGUUCUCUUCUGGGACUCACUCUAUGGCCUUGAUUUCAAGAUGUUAAAGUAUGUGUGACUACAUACCUCUAAGAUUUUUCC